AUGUCGCCCGCAUCAAGCCACUUGAUUCCGCAAUAUUUUGCUGGCUUAUCGUCGGCUACUGGAUCUUUCAUUUUGGGCACUGUAAUUGGUUGGACGGCUCAAACGGAACAUGGCAUCAUGGACGGUGAAUUGGGUUAUAAAGUGUCAGAGCGAGAAAUAGCUUGGCUAGCAACACUAUUCACUUUAGGCGCUGCUUCUGUUUGCAUACCGACUGGUUUUAUUAUUGAUAUUAUCGGUCGCAAAUUUACCAUGUUACUCUGUGUACCGUUUUUGUUGCUCGGCUGGCUGCUAAUAGCCUUUUCCGUAAACACGAUUAUGUUGUACAUAGCCCGAUUUAUAUUAGGGAUGAGCGGAGGUGCGUUUUGCAUAAUAGCACCUGUAUACACUACCGAAAUAGCGCAGACUCAAAUACGCGGUAUAUUGGGAUGUUUCUUCCAAUUGCUAAUUACAAUGGGUAUUCUUUAUUCCUAUGUUAUUGGAGCGGUUUGCACAGUUCUUGUAAUGACCUUAACGUGCAUCGUUCUUCCAAUAAUUUCGGGAAUACUUUUCCUUAUAUUGCCCGAAUCUCCAUUCUUUUAUGUAAUGAAAGAUAAACCUGAAAAAGCUAAAUCGGCAUUACAGCGGCUGCGCGGUAAAGAUUACGAUAUUACAGACGAUUACGAAGAGAUUAAAACUAACGUGGCUGCAGUCAAAGAAAAUCCGGUAGCUUUAUGGAAGGGAAUGAAGCGAACCGCUAGUCUGAGAGCAUUUGCCCUUUCAAUACUCUUAAUGAUGUUUCAACAAUUUAGCGGUAUAAACGUAAUGAUGUUUUACGCUACCGACGUAUUUGUGUUGGCUAAAACUGGUCUCGAGCCCAAAAUAUCUACAAUAGUGGUCGGAUUAGUGCAAGUUAUUGCCACGUUUGUAGCUCUCUUUCUUAUUGAUAGAUCUGGACGUCGUACACUUCUAAUGAUUUCAUCGUUUGUUAUGAGUCUAAGUACAAUGGGACUUGGUGUAUACUUUUUUAUAAUGGAUCGUGAUAGUGAAACGGCACUAAGUAUUUGUUGGUUUCCGGUGCUCUGUUGUUGCUUAUUUAUUAUGAUGUAUUCACUUGGAAUGGGCGCGAUACCAUGGCUCAUUAUGGCAGAAACUUUCGCUGAAGAUAUCAAAGGCCCAGCUACAGCGAUAAGCGCUACCACUAAUUGGCUUUUUGCAUUUGUGAUAACAAAUGCUUACGGACCACUUAAAAAUGUAAUCGGAACGGGACAAACAUUUUGGAUAUUUUCUGGUUUCACAUUAACUUGCACUAUCUUUGUGUUUUUCUUUUUGCCGGAAACGCGCCAUAAGACAUUUGCGGAAGUUCAAGCAGCUUUAGAAGGCAAGCAAAAUGAAUGA